ACAAUAACUAAUAAUACUAAUAAUGCUAGUCCAAAGGUCCUAUAACUGAUGAAUCACCAUUAUGUUUAUAUCAGAUUGGUAUUUGGACUGAAUGUAAUUAACAAAAUACGUUAUAGUCAUUGUGGCCUAUUUUUUGUGGGAUAACAAUUUCAGAUUUUUAUGACAAUUCGGUUUGUUGUGUCUAAUCCUGCUUUAUUUGCCUAUUGUGUGUAAAGCAUAAUGUUAGUAUCAUAAACUAUUACGUUAUUACGAUGUUGCUAAGAUUUCCCGAGGUCAGCAAUGGUCGCUACAAAAGGAGAGAUCCCUGCACUAUUUUCUGGUAAAUACGGCGGAGUUGCAAAAAAAAACAAAAACAAAAAAACAAAAAACAUGGCUCUCUAAUAAUGAGCAAUCUUACUUCGAAUUUCCUCUCUCCUGCUAGGCCCCACUAGUUAUUGUUGAUGAUGGUUUUAUAGACCACAGUAGCUUAGCUACAAGGUGUACUCAGGGAAUAUUUCAGUCAUCUACUAGAGUUGAAUCACGAGUCUAAGAUAAAUUUGAACCAGGAGCUCGAUGAACACCAUGGUUUCACGCAAACACAGUUUCCCCGGUCAUUUAAUGUCAAAAUAUCUUUAUAUGCGAUCAUAAAACUAAUAUAAGGGUAAACGACCAUGACAUAAUCAUAAAUUUCUUUUGAAGCUUUGCUUGAUUUUUUUAAUGUAACCGUACGGUACCCUAUAUGGCCGGCUCAGAAGUACGCUGACGAGAAGUUAAUUACCGUACUUCAUGAUUGACGGCAAACGACUUAUUAUAACACAAAUAUAAUAUUUGUGUGAUUAUUCGCAAUCAUCAUCGGCUUUACGCGAUUAUUACGUAGAUGCGUAUCUUUAUGGUUAUAUCAAAGGUGAGCCGUCGUCUGAUGUCAAACAAAUGAUUCCAUUAACAUUUUGCCUUUAUUUACUAGAUGAUUAAAAUCAAGAUGUAGGCCUAUGCAGUUUUACGUUGAAUUGUGUUAUUUUGUUCAAUAAGAGAUACUACUUUCAUGUAUGGAGUGUGUAUUAUACGUACUGUGUCAGGUUAUGUAAGGGAUGUUAUAGACCCAAAUUAUUGCCGUUGUCAACCAGACUAUCCCUUUUAUCAACAAUGUCAUAUGCAAGCUUGUGCGAUCCAGGGGAGUUCUUCUGUAAGACAGCAGAAACUUACGAAUGCGUCGACUGGCAUCAAGUAUGCGAUAGAGUACAACAUUGUCGAGACGGCUCAGACGAAGCUGACUGUGGAAUAAAUGCUUGGGUAUACAUGGUUUUCUUUAUUGUUGUCGGCACCUUCGUCAUCGGCGGAUUAGCAUCGUGCUAUGCCCACUUUUCCUCCACCGAAACACCCACUGGGCAUCCUCGUAGACGUCACCGUAACGCAAACGGCCACGAUGACGUAUCAAGAGGGAACGUUCACUCUAUUGAAUCCCAUUCAGUUGUCUACUUUAAAGAUCCACCACCCCCAUACGACAUAGCUAUUUCCAUGGUGAAGAAUCCACCUAAUUAUGAAGAUUUACAGUUUUCUAUAUCAUCGCCAAUUUGAAACAUGAAAUAUUUAUGAUUUUUUUUUUGUAUAAAAAAAUAUAGGCCUACCUAUAGUAUCUGGAAAUUUUACUUUGCCAGGACACUAUUUUAGUGAACAGUCCCCUAAUAAAGCAGAUAUAGGCGUAUUUGCUUUCACUUGGAUAUGUUAUAAGCCCUAACAUCUAAAAAAGGUCAUUACGGUGCCUAUGUGUUUUUAACGUUUAAUAUAGUCUGCAGAAAUGUAAAUAUCCAUCUUUGACUGGCUAUGAUGCAGCGGUAGCCUAUCUGUCCAGACGCAAUUUUACAGACGAAUCGAUGUCGAUUCAGCUUUAAAUUACCGUAUUUGUCAUCAGUUGAUUGUUUUCUCAUUUUAAGAAAGACUUAAAUACGUCGCCAAAUAUUAAUAUUUAAUUAAUUUAUAUUUAACUUGAUUCUGUUGUUGUUUCUUUGUUUGUACUUUUUCUUCUGUAAUUUGUCAAAGGACCAACCGAGACAAGCUUGCUUCUAGAUUGGUCCUCAUCUAUGCCUUGUUUUAUGUGUAUGUAUAUGGCAAUGGUGAAACAAAGCUUUGAUAAUUUGAUUUGUUUUGAACAGUUAUGUAGUUGGUCGAACUAGAUUCAUAUAAAAUGAGAGUAAAUAAAGGCUGUAUGCUGCCAUGGACACCUCAAA